GCUUCACAUCAUUCUAAAAAUGAUUUUCGUGGUUUCUGGAAACACACUAACAAACUUAAGGUUAGGCCGCCAAUACCUGUGAGCGUUGGCGGUGUGAGUGAACCAGAACACAUAGCUAACCUUUUUAAAGAAAAGUUCUUUGUUUCCUCGCCAUUAGGACCAUCAAGGUCGGUGCUCGAUGUUGAGCCCGGCAUGAAAAUUGGAGUAACAUUUAAGUCUAAAGAUGUUGAAAAGACAAUAAGAUGUAUGUCGCGAGGUAAGUCUCCGGGUCAUGACGGGCUCAGCAUCGAGCACUUGCGAUAUGCAGGCGCUCACAUGUCUAGAGUCCUCUCAAUGUUAUACAAUAUAUGUGUAGGACAUAGUUACUUACCGAGUGAUAUGAUGCGAACAGUAGUAGUUCCUAUUGUGAAAAAUAAGACUGGAGAUCUAGCAGAUAAGGAUAACUACAGGCCUAUCUCCUUAGCCACAGUAAUCUCGAAGGUAUUGGACAGCAUGCUUAAUACUCAGUUAAAUAAAUAUUUAUGUCUGUAUGACAAUCAAUUCGGAUUUCGUGCAGGAUUGUCUACAGAGAGUGCAAUUUUGGGUCUUAAGCAUGCUGUAAAAUACUACACGCAGCGCGCGACAUCUGUUUACGCAUGUUUUCUCGACCUAUCCAGGGCAUUUGAUAUGGUUUCCUACGACUACUUGUGGAAAAAGUUGCAAAAUAUCAAAAUGCCCACUGAAAUAGUUAACAUCUUCAAGUAUUGGUAUGGGAACCAGAUCAACAAUGUUCGAUGGGCUGGGGCUUUAUCUCUUCCGUAUAGGUUGGAGUGCGGGGUGAGACAAGGGGGGUUGAGUUCGCCUACGCUCUUCAACCUGUAUGUGAAUGAGCUGAUUGGCGAGCUCAGCGGGACCAGGGUCGGUUGUUUCAUAGACGGGGUUUGUGUUAAUAAUAUCAGUUACGCAGACGACAUGGUUCUGCUGAGUGCGUCAAUCUGUGGCCUGAGGAAACUUGUGUCUUUGUGUGAGGAGUACGCCAAAUCCCAUGGGUUGGUGUAUAACUGCAAAAAGUCUGAGAUCAUGGUUUUUGAGACUAGGGGUAGGACACAUGAUAAUAUACCACCUCUAAUACUCAACGGAACAGCAUUGAGAAGAGUAUUCAGAUUUAAAUAUCUUGGUCAUGUGUUAACGCCUAGUCUCAAGGACGAUGAAGACAUUGAGCGGGAGCGGAGAGCGUUGUCAGUUCGAGCAAACAUGAUAGCUCGCAGGUUUGCACGGUGCUCACUUAAGGUCAAGCUCACCCUCUUUAGAGCUUACUGCACUAACUUCUACACAUGUAGCCUGUGGGCAGGAUAUACGCAAAGAACAUACAACGCUCUCCGCGUCCAGUAUAAUAAUGCGUUUAGAGUGCUGGUGGGGCUGCCUCGCUUUUGUAGCGCAUCUGGGAUGUUUGCAGAUGCACAAGUAGAUUGUUUUUAUGCAACAAUGCGUAAGAGGUGCGCAUCCCUGGUGAGCAGAGUGCGGGCCAGCUCCAACAGUAUUCUGAACAUGAUAGCAAGCAGGCUUGACUGUGUGUACUUGGGUCGCUGCUGUGCCAUUUCUCACGGGCUGUUAUGGCGUACACAGAUCAAGAAUGUAAUAGAGAAGCUGUGUGCUGUAUCUGGAGUAGGGGCCUACAGCAGCGAAAAUGGCGUCGAUUAUUGGGAUAAGGCGAAAUGGGAUGCUGAACUUGAGAAGAACCAGGUCAUCGUGAUGACGAGUCAGAUUCUAAAUGACAUGUUGACCCAUCAGUACAUUAGAAUAGAAGAUAUAAAUCUUCUGAUAUUUGAUGAAUGUCACCAUGCCGUUGAAGAUCAUCCUAUGCGGGUCAUCAUGAAACAUUUCGAAGGAUGCCCGAAACAUAGCCAGCCUCGAGUUUUAGGUCUGACUGCAACUCUGCUAAAUGCUAAUGUGAAAUCAAGGAAGGUCGAGGACACGUUACACGACCUGGAAAUAACAUUCCACGCGACUAUCGCUACAGUCGAUGAACUCGGGAAAGUCUUGAAUUAUUCAACGAAUCCAAAUGAAAUGGUUCAGUUCUACAGAAGUUCGCCACCAUCGGCGGUUACGAACGAAGUUAUAAAACUCUUAUCGGUCAGGCAAGAGCUUAUUGCAAGUGUAAAACUACCCCGCUCUUCAACGAAGCAGACAAUUACAUUGAAACAACACCAAGAAGAUAUCAGCAACAACCCUAAAAAGAUCGUGAAAGCUGUUAAGAACAUGAUAAGCUCAAUGAUACUGUUUUUAAAUGAGCUCGGCAUGUACGGCGGUUCUUUAGGUAUACUGGCUUAUAUAAUAUUGUUGGAACGACUGCGUCGUCGGGCUUCGUCGAAGGAAGAGGAUAUUCUUUACCAAAAUGUCAUUACAUGCUGUAUUGAUGCUCGAGCCAGACUUCUGAAAGCAAUGAGCGAUGUUCACGGCUAUGAAAGGAUUAUUAAGUAUUCUUCAGAAAAGGUUUUGCUAACUUUAAAUAUUUUAAAGGAAUAUAAUCCUGCUUAUCAAGAUACUCCUGGAGUUUUAUUAAAAGUUAAUCGCUCAAGAAAACCACUCUCGGCUAUCAUAUUCACGAAACAGAGAUUCACUGCAAAAGUGUUGUAUAAUUUACUAAAAGAUGUUCGGGACUCCAAUCCCGCGGAGUUCGAUUUUCUCAAACACGAUUUCGUUGUUGGUUUCAAUGUGAAUCCCUUGAAAAGUACUAGAGAAGAAUAUUAUAUUAAGAAGACUGGACAGCAAGCUCUCUUAAAGUUCGGAAAUAAUGAUCUAAAUUGCUUAAUAUCAACAAGCGUCAUAGAAGAAGGCAUAGAUAUUCCGCAGUGUUUAUUGGUGCUGCGCUAUGAUCAGCCUUUGGAAUACCGAUCGUACAUACAGAGCAAAGGCCGUGCCCGAAGCUCCGAAUCCAGUUACGUCAUCUUAGUUAAUAGGGAGGACGAAAAGAAAUUCAUGACUCUUUAUAAGGAAUUUCAAGAAACAGAACAACUCAUUCAGCGUAUAUUAGUUGGCAACACUGAUGAUCGUGAUGAACCAGCUCAAGAGAAUAUCGACAAGAACCUGUAUCAAGAUGAAGAUGUACCACCAUUUAUAUCACCGUAUGGAGGUCGCCUAACAGCCACAUCAGCUAUAAGCUUACUCAACCGCUACUGUUCGAUGUUGCCACACGAUCAUUUUACUAUUAUAACGCCUAUGUGGAUAAAGGAAACUGUAACCAAUAAGCAUGGAUUUGAUUGCAAUCUCGUUACUAUCGUAUUGCCCAUCGCUUGCCCUAUUAAGGAGGAAAUAAAGGGAAUGCCCAUGUACAAUUUAAAGUCAGCGAAACGGUCAGCUGCUCUCAAUGCUUGCGUGAAACUGUAUGAGGCGGGAGAGUUGGACCCCUUGACGAUGCUGCCAAUGCGUUACACGGCAGUUGACUUCGAUGAUGCUGAUGUGCAGUCAUGCUUUUUAAAUUGGCGCAACGAUGACAUGAAGCGGGUGGACGACCCCGACUACCCGGCGCCCGGGACUAAGGGAAGAGUGCGCAAGCAUAGGAUACAGUUCCCCGCAGUAUUAGACAGCGUUCCCGAUGAAAGCGAAUACUACCUACAUAUAAUAAAGACUACAACAGCAUUCGCGGAGCCCAAAGAUACGCGGGAAAAAGCGCUGUACGACCUCCUUCAUAGACCUGAAGGAUUCGGGUUUAUGACACAGAAACCUUUGCCGGCAAUAUGUGACUUUCCAAUGUUCAUGACUGUUGGUGAAGUAUCAACGUCGUUGGAUGUAAAUUAUGCGGUUAUAAAGUUAGAUGCCAAGCUUCUUCAGUUGGUUAAACAAUUCCAUUUCUUCAUUUUCGAGCAAGUUUUAGCCAUUGCAAAGAAAUUUAUUGUUUUCGAGGGUAAAGUUAACUGCUUGUAUGUUGUGCCUGUGAAGGAAGAUAAUGGAUACAAUAUUGAUUGGGAUGUAAUGGCCACACAUGAUCAAAUACAACCUGUAACGCCGCCGCCGUAUGAGGACAGGAUUAAUUUAAAGGUGACCCCGGAAAAUUACAAGGAUUGCGUUGUCACUCCGUGGUACCGAGUUCUACCGGAUAGGUAUAUUGUGUCACGAGUACUUGAAUUCAUGACUCCUCAGUCUCAUUUCGAUUCAGAUUCAUACGUAACGUUUGCUGAUUAUUAUGCAGAUAAAUAUAAGUUAGAAAUUAUCGGUGAUAAGUCUCAAGCUCUGUUGGAGGUACGAAAUAUAAGCUCUAGGAUGAAUUGCCUGUUGCCUAGAGCGGCAACAAUAAAUUCCUUUACGGAUAAGCAGAAGAAGCUAGUGUCCGCAUCACAGGGCGAUGAUAAAACCAAUAGAGGUUUUGCUGAAGUAUUUGUAGCAGAGUUCUGUAUCAAGUACGACUUUCCAGGAGUUCUGUGGUACAAAGCUAUUAUGCUGCCAAGUAUAGUGCACAGAGUAUUCAUGCUAUUGGUUGCACAUGAACUACUGACUGAAAUUUCAGAAAGCACAAAGUACGGAAAUCCGAAACGCAGAAAAGGCGAAGAAUGGCGACCGGUUAGUUCGAAUAUGCAGAUAGCUACAUUGUCGCUACUGGCUCAAGUUGAAGAACCCACUCCCAUCACAUCUGUGGACAGAAUUAACAACCCGACUGACGAUGAAAACCCGCGUCGACCAAACAUAAUGUCGAUAAAGCAAAGCUUGUAUCAACUGCAGCAGAAGAAACUCAGCAAGGAUUACCCUUGGGAUGAAAAAAUGGAGCCAAUAGACAUCGAGCGCAACCUAUCGACAGUGACAGUGAUGGACAUCGAGUGUUACGACGAGUUCGUGUCGUCGCCGCUAGUACCCAUCAUGUCGCCCACGCGCGUACUGUCCCCGCCGCGAGUAGUAGUGGGCAGCAAGAUAUCUGCGGCUAUCUCCGCGCCGCCUGCCAAGUAUAACGACAAGCUCAAUAUAUUAAAAAUGACUGCUACCGGUAACGGGCCUGAGUUACGUGAUAUACUGACUGCGCUAACAACCAUCAAGUCACACGAUACCUUCAAUUUGGAGCGAGUGGAGACACUGGGCGAUGCCUUCUUGAAGUUCGCUGCGAGCCUCUACUUAUUCCACAAGUUCCCUAAAUUCAAUGAGGGGCAGUUGACAAACAUCAAAGGAAGAUUAAUUAGCAACAGGAAUCUAUACUACGCUGGAGAGCGCUUCAACUUGGCUGGACGUAUGAAGGUCGAACAAUUUAGUCCUAGAAAAGACUUUAUGGUGCCUGGAUACUUCGCACCACCAGAAGUUGAAAAAUUCAUUGCGGAGAAAAAGCUUCGUCCGACAUUCCUCAUAGGUGUUUACUUCCCUUCAUCAGAAGCUUUUGAUGGCAACUUGUCAAAGGAGAGCAUGGCAAUGGUACGAGACCGAUUUGCGGACUGCGACGGUACUGCGGAGACCGAACCGGAAUGUAGAGUGCAGAAUGCCAUGCAGCUGUAUAUUCACUCACAAGCGGUGGCCGAUAAGUCUGUUGCUGAUUGCGUGGAAGCACUCAUCGGUACAUACUUGCUAAGCGGCGGCGUUUUAGGCGCUAUCAAAGUCAUCGAGUGGAUGAGAAUCAUACCCCCACAGGACAACUUUGCGACAUAUUUGCAUACACGAGUCUCAACGGUUCUGUCAGAAAAGCGGGCUACAGAAUCAGACAUCAAUUUCUUAUUAAGUCAUUGCAGACCAGACGUCGAGAAAAUCCUUAACUACAAGUUUAAAGAUCCAUCACAUUUGCUUGAGGCUUUAUCUCAUCCAUCAUACAUACGAAACCGAUUGACUCGUUCUUACGAACGCUACGAGUUCCUCGGCGAUGCGAUACUGGACUUCCUAAUAACAUCCCACGUGUUCGAGAACUGUGGCGAUCUGAAGCCCGGAGAAAUGACGGACCUUAGGUCUGCUCUCGUCAAUAACGUCACUUUCGCGUCUUACGUCGUUAAAUUGGGACUGCACAAAUUCCUGUGCUCAGAAUUAAAUCCGACGCUAGACAAGGCCGUCAUCACCUUCGUUGAUCACCAAGUGCAACGCGAACACCAAAUAGUAGAAGACGUACUCUAUCUGAUUGAUGAGGAGGAGUGUCAUAUUGCUGAAUAUGUUGAAGUACCUAAGGUACUUAGCGAUAUCUUUGAAGCGUUAGUUGGAGCGAUAUUCCUGGACAGCGGCGGUGACUUGCAGACUGUCUGGGCAUUGGUCUAUCGCAUCAUGUGCAAGGAAAUUCACGCCUUCUCCAGUCGCAUACCGCAACAGCCAGUGAAAGUGCUCUACGAGAAGAUACAUGCAUGUCCUGUUUUUGAUAAAUCAGUUGUGAUAGAUCCUGACAUACCGAAAAUAAAGGUUGGUGUUACUAUCACGAAGAACGACUGGCAGCACACCGUGUACGGAGUCGGCAAGAACAAAUCUCAAGCCAAAAGAGCCGCUGCCAAAAUGGCGCUCAAAGUCUUAGGCAUUUAAGUUUCGUUUCGUAAUGCAGGCGCUGUCAAUGUCAAAAUGUUUAUUACAUGCGAAUCAGGCCCUGAGACAAAUUAGUGAGGUAUCGGGCAAAACUGUCUAAAAUAUAAAGUACUAGCUUUUCGCCCGCGUCGAGGUCGGUUAUAUCGCGUUUCCAAGAGAACUCUUCAAAAGUCCGGGAUAAAAACUAUCCUAUGUUCUUUCUCAUGGUCAGCUCUAUCUCUGUACCAAAUUUCAUUAAAAUCAGUUCAGUGUUUUAGACGUGAAAGCGUAACAGACAGACAGAAUUACUUUCGCAUUUAUAAUAUUAGUAGGGAUACUACAGAGCUGUUUUUAUACUACAUUAUUAUGUGUUUUAGAUAUACAGAACACCCCCGCAGACUAAAAACUUUAACAACCUAUAGUUCGAAUCAUAGAUUUAUUGGUUCAUAUCAAAUCGGUAUAUUGUGCGUACUUUCUAAAUGAUUAAUAACCUGAUUAAAUUAUCGGUCGAUUAAAAGUUUUUAAUCUGAGGGGACUCUAAACAUUUUAGAUAUCUUAAGAUUUGUCAUGAAAUUAUCAAAUAUAUUUAUAGUACAGUAAAAAAAAAAUUAAGUAUAAUAUAAGGUAAUAUGUCCUUUAUGGGUUUCUCUAUCUGAAAUAUUGGGUAGGUAAUCUCGUAGUGUGAUUAGUAGCCAACUAAGUUUUUUAAGCAUUCUAAAUUCUACUGCGACCGCGGUGUCACUAGAUACAUAAAACAAAGUCAUCCCCGCUGUCUGAUGAUUCAAGAGGAAGGUUUAUAUUUAUAAUGUAUGCAUAAUAUAGUAAAGAUUCAGAUACUUUUGGAGGUUUUGUAAUGUAUUGAUUAUUUUUACAUUUUCAUUGCAAUUACUGGCAUGAAUCCUACGAGAUAGAUUAAAAUAAUGUUCUACAAUAUUGAUCACCAUAAAAAGAUCUACAAAAAGUCUACGACAACAUCUGUAGGGGUUAAUUCACUAAAACCAUUUUUGGCUAACCAAUUUUGUUCUUAAACAACGCUUGUUUCCAAAGUUGUUUUUGUUUCGAAUAUCGAAAGAAAUACUUUAACCGUUACAAGUACUCAAUUUUAAUAAAAGUUGCCCUAUAAUUCAUUUAAUUUCAUUAAAUACUAGCCUUGCCCACGACUUUGUCCGCAUGGUAAUUAACAAAAAAGUUGAUAUCGUUUUUUGUGCAUUUUUAUUUUAUUAUAAUUUGUCUUUUUUUUAUAUUAGCUUUAUUGAAUUUUUGUAUACAACAUUUUGGUGUACAAUUUUAUUGGCUAACAAACAACACUACUGGCAUUCCCCGCAAAUGGUGAAACAGUGGUGUAUUUUAGGGGAUUAUACUCAAGUGUGUCAAAAAAAACAUUUUGCAAUUGAAUAAGGUCCUUUAUAUGUAUUGAUGUCGCCAAACACCAUAUUGAAAAUAUUUUUUUGGAUUAGGUUACUUCCUGAAAGGAAUUAUAGCACAUUUUCGACAUUGGAAUUUCUGUGAUAUCUGCACUUUACAUUUGAUAACUAUUUAUGUAGAUAUUUUUUUAUUGGAUAUAAGGUUAUGCAGGAUUUUAUCUUUUCAAAAUUAUUGUCAUGUAGCAAAGAAAUAUAUACAUUUUAACUAGGUAAGUAUCUUUGUCUCUUACCCCCUAGUGUAGUGGAUCACGUCACUGGAUAUAAUUGAAUAAGUUAUUUUAAUUAAAGUUGCGGACUACUUUGAUCUACUGUUACUUUUUAUUACAUUUCGCUUUUAGAUCAUAACAUAAAUGUUAGAAAGUUUAAGUAAGAGUUGUAUACCUAGUAAAGUCAAAAAUAUAUGUAUUUUACAAUAAAAAUUCUUAUAAAAUUAA